AUGGAGAUAGCCUUGGUGAGUUUUGAGAACGGCGGAGCGAAGGGAAGCGGUGGCAACGCCGGAGAUGUAGCCUGCCGUAACGCUCUGGAUCAACCUCAACCUCCGCCGCCGUUUGUCCAGAGCGGACUCAGCGAGCCGGGCUACAGCAGUCACAAAGAGAUUAAUACAAUCGGGAGUUCCAAACCGAGGACGUGGAAAAUCAACGAUAUGAAUAACACUUUGAGUUGUAACCAGAACGCCAUGGAUGCGCUCUGGCGCGCAGAUCACAGUCCUCAUCUGUUGGACGAUGACAUGUUGGAUAUUGAGCGCAGAGACAUGGACAACAACGAGAGGGUGCUGAUCAACAUCGCGGGAUUAAAGUACGAGACACAGCUCGGGACCCUCAACCAAUUCCCCGAUACGUUACUGGGGGACCCCUAUAAGAGGAUCAAAUACUUCGACCCGCUCCGGAACGAGUACUUUUUCGACCGUAACCGGCCAAGUUUCGACGGGAUCCUAUAUUUCUAUCAGUCGGGAGGUAAGAUCAGACGACCUGUCAAUGUGUCUAUCGACGUGUUCGCGGAUGAGAUUCGGUUUUACCGACUAGGGGAAGAAGCCAUGGAAAGGUUUAGAGAAGACGAGGGAUUUAUAAAAGAGGAAGAGAAACCGUUACCGCAGAAUGAGUUUCAGAAACAAGUCUGGCUCAUAUUCGAAUACCCGGAGAGUUCCAGCCCAGCGCGAGGCAUCGCUAUAGUCUCGGUGCUCGUCAUCACCAUAUCCAUUAUCACAUUUUGCAUGGAGACACUACCGGAGUUCAGGGACGAGAGGGAGCUACCGGUCACCAGUCGGUCUGGUAACAACACCGUUCCGCGUCCGUCUCUCACAUUCACAGACCCGUUCUUCAUAGUAGAAACCACCUGCGUGAUAUGGUUCACUUUUGAAUUCUUCGUGCGUUUCUUCGCCUGCCCCAGUAAGUCAGAGUUCUCCAAGACCGUCAUGAACAUCAUAGAUAUCAUGUCUAUCCUGCCUUACUUCAUCACGGUGGGCACGGAGCUGGCGGAGCAGCAGGUGGAGGAACCGCAGGAGCACGGAAACGGACAGACCAUGUCUCUGGCCAUCCUCAGGGUCAUCCGGCUGGUCAGGGUGUUUAGGAUCUUCAAGCUGUCCAGACACUCCAAGGGGCUUCAGAUAUUGGGACAAACUCUCAAAGCCAGUAUGAGAGAGUUGGGGUUGCUCAUCUUCUUCCUCUUCAUCGGAGUCAUCCUCUUCUCCAGCGCCGUGUUCUUCGCCGAAGCGGACGAGCCCGAAUCGCAUUUCUCCAGCAUCCCCGACGCGUUCUGGUGGGCCGUGGUCACCAUGACAACAGUGGGCUACGGGGACAUGAGGCCGGUGACAGUGGGGGGAAAGAUAGUGGGCUCGCUCUGUGCCAUCGCGGGAGUGUUGACCAUCGCACUGCCGGUGCCCGUCAUCGUGUCCAACUUUAACUAUUUCUACCACCGAGAGACGGACCAGGACCAGUCUUCUCUGAAAGACGACCCGCCCAACAGCAGUCAAGACAGUCCUCAGUUAAAGAGAAAGGACAGUAAGGGAUCUGCCAAGUCGGGAGACGAGGAGGACGGAACAGGCGUAGAGAAGCAGAAUAUCAAGGCUAACAGCAGCAUGGACAUCAAACGAUCCCUUUACGCCUUCUGUCUGAACAAGACGGAGACGGACCUGUAG